AUGCCGAGUUCUCGUGUACCGUCUGGCAUUGGACCCAAAUUUCGUCCAUACGCAAGUCCAAAUCAUCAUGUUACUAAAGGGAGGUACAUCACGAGCAACGACCCAAGAGGAUAUAUACCAGUGUAUGAAUAUCCCUUGAACGGGCAGUGGAUCAUGAUGGACAUUGAUGAUGGAUACAUCUUAUGGACCGGUAUAUGGAAAGCUCUGGGAAACUCUAAAGCCGACAUCGUGAAAAUGAUCGACUCUCAGCCAGACCUUGCUCCUUUGAUACGAAGAGUGAGGGGUGGCUACCUCAAGAUUCAGGGUACUUGGAUGCCUUAUGAGGUCGCUUUACGGUUAGCUAGAAGAGUCGCCUGGCCUAUCCGAGAAGAUCUGAUACCAUUGUUUGGGUGA